AUGAAUGCAGAUCACAAAAUUCCAUUAAUGGAGUAGGAAUUGCCAGCAUUGGAUGGAAUCGAAUAGAAACUGUCCAAUCCACACGAUAGUUUGGUCAAGGGAUCGACCAAUCAAACCAAAUUGUCCAUAAAAAAUGCAUUUUCCAGAAUCAGCCAUCUGUCUGUCCAUAAUGUUAAUACUGCACUCUUCUUCAUUAGAGAGAACUGGAAGAGUGGCAUGACGUAGGCUAUGAUGAAUAUGCCCUUCAUAUUGAAUGCUGGCAACAACACUGGAGGCAAUCCCUCAGCUGCCUACACCUCCGCUUUGAUUGGAGGGCUGAUCAACGGGUUCUUUAGUGGAAGCAAUCAUUCGAUCUAUGCACCUACUUGGGUGGCCGCGGGAUUCAAUUAUUAAAUAGUAUAAAAAUAUGGAUAUGAAGCAGUUCCCUGGGUGACCAUCAUGAUUGGAUUGUAAAUCUACAUCCUGAGUCAUAUGAAGUGGCAUCAUCUGAUCGAUUUCAUGCCAAAUUACGUAAUCGAGGGCUACUAUCUGGGAUUACUAUUUCUAAUUGCAAAUGGCUACAUUGAUUAUGCGUUUGGAUUGAGUGACAUGCAUUCCAACAGAGGAUUCUAAGUAUACCACGAUAGAUUUGAGAUGUAUCAAGAAUUCUUCAGAAGAGGAGAUCUAUAUUAUUUCGGAGCAUCAAUCUUCAUAUUCCUUCUACUCUAUUUCGGCUGGAAGAUCAACAAGGACUUGCCUUUGAUUGUGUUAGUCUGUCUGACUGGCUUGAUGGUUGGCAUACUCUUCCCAACAGAAAAGUGUUUAAAGAAUGUUUACGGAGAUGUAAGUUUAAAACUGUCUUUCAUUGAAAGUGGUGGUCCUCAUUUCUAGCCAGACAUGUGGACACUCAUAUUUCUGUUUGUGUACGCCAUUAAAAUGACAUUCUACAUCACCAUACAGAAUUUGUUGUGUGCAAAAGGGGCUGAAUACUUCACGGGAGUCAAAUGCGAUCACGACAAAGAGAUUCUAUGCGUGUCUUUAACCAAUAUUUGUGCAGGCAUCUUCAAUAGUAUCCCAUGUUGUGCAUCUAUCAGAUUAAUCAUCUUGAAUAUCAGAGUCAGGAAUAUGAAUAGAUGGUCGUCUAUUCUGAAUGGACUCUCUGUCAUUCUAUUCUAUGGACUAUUCAGUCGAUACUUUCUCUAAAUUCCACUGUAUUUUGUGAGUGGUAUCCUAUUGUACUCAGCCUACAUGUGUCCGACUUGGCCCUAUUUGGAAAAUGCUGUGGAGAACCAAAAGGAGAUUAAUUUUAGUUAAACAAAUUACAAUAUCAAUCAUUUGUGUAUAUUAUGGAGCUAUUGA